UCAGUGCGUGACUUGAAACAAGACUAACCAAAAGAGAGAUCUUUAACCCUCCAUGGCCACACUUCUGAUGUGAGAAAUGAUGUCUUCUACCGAGAUCAACACACAAUCGAGUGUCACGACAGUCUCGAGCUACGUUGAGCAUAAAGAGUACCACACGACACUCCUGGUCAUCCAUUCUGUGGUGCUGCUGUGCGGCACCGUUAGCCUGAGCCUGAUGGUGCACAUCAUGAGACACGGCACAGCUUCCUCCACCUCCUGCGCUGUGCUCAACCUGAUCUUUGCCCACUUCGUCUUCCUCCUCACGGCACCCUUCAGAAUCUACUAUUACGUCACGGACACGUGGAGCAUGGGCUCAAUGUGGUGUAAAGUUGUGAGUGCCAUGAUCCACGUGCACAUGUACAUGUCUUUUACGCUGUACGUAAUCAUCCUCGUCACCCGCCUUUUGCCACACUAUUGCAAAGCUGCGCGAGUGGCUUCUUUCAGUAGGAUGCACGCACUCAUUGCCAUUGGUUUCAUUUGGCUCGUCGUACUAAUUGCAACGCCAUGCAUCAUCUAUUUUAACUACGGCAUGGGGAAUGACACGGACCAUCCUACCACGCGUUGCUUUAACUUUGGAGACAACAUAAAGUAUGUCAAAGAGCUGAACUAUUUCGUGAGCACAUUCAUUAUAGUAGUGGCGGUGGUGCUGACAGCCCUGCAAGCCAACGUCAUCUGGAAUUUAUACAGGAAGUAUCAACGGAAAUGCACCUCUCAGCAGGACUUUGGGGCCCAACUGAAGAGCCUCCUGUUUGCCCUGGUCAUGGUAGUCUGCUACGUUCCCUACCACAUUUUUCGACUGUACUACAUCGAACGCCCUGAUUUAGAGAACAUCAACGAGGUUUUUCUGAGUCUGACCACAUUUUCCUGUUUGGACAUGCUCACCUUCUUGGGCAGGAGAACCUGCAACAUGUGCUUCCCAGGAAAUGGCAGCUGA